GCAGUAAAAUUUGAUUAGAAUCUCUGAUUUUUGUGAAAAGCUAUUGCAAAGAAGUUAGCUCAGCUUGCUUCUUCAAAAACUUAGAAUUCGCAUCAAAGUCUAUGCUAGCAAAAGCCUCAAUACAAACAUCAGAAAUUUUCGUAAAGAUUUAUUUUAUUUGAAGCAAUCUUAAUACCUGCUAAACGCACCAAAAACUUCACCUUGAGCGCACCGAGCACUUUCCACAAUUUAUGAUAUCAUAAAAAAUUCGGUACUUCUGACUUUGGACCUGGUUGGUGAUAAUAAUCAACAUAUUGUCUGUAUUAACUGGUGGUUAUUAAAUUCUGUCCGGGAAAAAUGAAAUGAUUGUCCACAAGGUCUUCGAGUCAAAAACCUACCAGGAUAGCAUAUCAAAAGAAAAUAUCACUGGUAUCCUGUUUGCUUGUCUAUCAAACAGUGCAUCUUCAUUCGAAAGUGCUAUGACCUAAGCCAACAACCGGUUUCGGAAAAUGGAACCACUGCGUAAAAGGUGGUUUCCUGCUGCAGGGGAUUGAAAGUCAAAUCUUUCACUGAUCAAGCAAGAGAAACUAAAUUUCUGUGGUACCGUUGAAUGUAUAAAUUAACUUUAUGCGUGAUGUGAAUGCAUAUCUCAUGUCAUAUCAGAUGUGAUUAAUCAGAAACAAUUAUUAAUCAAGUAAUUUAAGGCUGGUUGCCAAACAGAAAGAUUUUUAUAGUCAGAAUAGAAGAGCAAUUUUAAAGAAAAAAGCAACCAUGAUUCUAGACAUGGUGUUCUUUGUCAUCAUUUCAACGACUUGUUUGAAUAGCUUCCCGCUUCAGCUAUCGACAAAUAUUGAUGAAAGUGGACUGAACUACCUCGCAAAGUAUGGUUACGUAGUGCGUCCUGACCCACGAAGGGGCUCGAUCCUAAGCGAACAGAAGAUAGCAGAAGGGCUGAGAGCACUUCAAAGGAUGGGAGGAAUACCUGAAACGGGCGUAUUGAAUGAGGAAACGAAAAGAAUCAUGCAAGCGCCGCGCUGUGGAAUGCCCGACUUUGCCCCAACUGAUAACGUCAAAAGAAAGAGAAGAUACAAGAAGCAUGGCACCAUUUGGAAUAACAGAAAUCUAACGUGGACAGUUGCCAACAGCAACAAUGACAAUAUCAAGGACGAAGAUGUCAGAAAAGUUAUGAUAAAAGCCUUCGAGAAAUGGUCAUCAAUAACUAAUGUUGACUUUAGAGAAGACAAAAUAAAUCCUGAUAUACGAAUGAAAUUUGCUAGAAAGAGCCACAACGAUUCACGCCCAUUUGAGGGAAGAGAUGGAGCUUUUGCCCAUGCAUUUUAUCCAGGCAAUGACGAGCUUGCCGGAGAUGUUCAUUUUAAUGAUGACGAAAUAUUCAGUAUAGAAUCUUCAAAAGGGAGAGAUCUUCUAUACAUCGCAGCCCAUGAAGUUGGUCACAGUCUUGGGAUGGAUCACACAGAAACGAGAGGAGCUGUAAUGCAUGCCCUCUAUAAUUAUACUGAUGGGCUUGAUUUCAACCUCCACAUCGAUGACAUAAAAGGUGUCCAAUCACUUUAUGGAGUAAAAGGCCGACCGGUCCCAGUUGAACCGUUGCCUGUUUCUGAGAAGGGAGGCAAGGCUUUUGAAUCUUCCAUGUCUUUGUGCUUUGAUAGGGUCAAAGCUUCAGUAAUGACAGCCAACAAAAUAACGUACAUUGUCAGCGGCGAAAAAACAUACAUUCUGAAACGUCAUUUGAGGAUAAAAAAAGGCCCCUAUCAGACGUCAGAAUUAUUCGGGGGACUCAAUAGAAUCGACGCAUUAUAUAAACGACAAUGGGAUCACAAAAUCGUUGCCUUUAGUGGAAAUAAGUAUUAUGUAUUUGAGGAUACAAAGCUUGUUGAUGGUCCCCAUCUCAUUAGCCAUGGCUUUGAAGGUCUACCAGUAGAUUUUGCUGAUGUGCAAGCAGCAUUGGUUUGGCAAGAGAAUGACCAGUUAUACAUAUUCAAAGAUGCGCAGCACUGGAGGUUUAGUCGUAUCCAAAAACAAGACAAAUAUAAAUUGGACAUUUACUAUCCUAAAAAAUCGCAUUUUUGCACGGGCGUUCCGAAAGAUUUUGAUAGCAUCCUUGCUUGGAGGUAUGGCAUUGUCUAUUUCUUCAAAGGAGAUCGCUAUUAUAAAUGUAAAUUUCGCAAUAUAGAAUUGAAGGUAAUGGAUGGGUUCCCAAAGACUAUUUGGAAAGACUUUAGUAGAUGUCCUUCACAGUUGCCUUUAACAGGAGCCGCAAGGACCAGGACUGUGAAAUCAUCGCUUGUGCUUAUUUGGCCGCUAUUGUAUUUUAUUUUGCAUUAAAUACGUGUAAACUCGUAUAAAUAUUGGUACGUUAUUGGACAUGUACAGUUGUGUUGCUAUUUGUGGUUAGGUUUUUCUAUAUGAAACAUCUAUUUCUAAUUUUACUAAAGAAAAUUUGAAAAAUUUAUCAAAUUGACAAAUAUUCUAAAUAUACAUUUGAUAUUUUGUUAAAGUUGCGUAUUUAGAGAUAAUAUCAGAAAUUAUUUGCAGCAUUGGUGGAAACAUUUCCAAGCCAAUUAUAUAGAGUCUUUUCAAAAAAUCUCUUGGUGGUACAAAAUUUAUAAAUGACUUUGAAAAAAGCAAAAAUUUGAGUAAACUGAAGCGAACCCCAUGUUUAACAAGUUGCUUUUGAUCUGCAGUAGCGAGGAGACUGUUCUAUUUGGGGAAGAGUUUUAUUUCUAAUGCUGGGAUUGACAUGAUGUCACCCCAAUCUUUGGGUUAUUCUAUCUUUGGGUUGUGUGUCCUACGUAGCCAGAAUCACACUAGUAGGAACGUAAUCCUUUUGAAUGGAUGGAGGGGCCAUUUUGUACUGUAAAAAAUACGCGGAUUGACAGCAACGAAACAAUUUGUAAUGGCCUGUGUUAUCUGACUUUCAAAUCGCAAGGAACUGUUACCGAUCCAGGGUAGUUUUAGAUAAAUCGGGCACUUUUGUGGACCAAAUUUUACAUUAGCCAAGAAAUUUCUUAUUUUCUCCUUAACGUAAACCGAAAUGACAUUCUCUGGGUAGCCAUUCUCAAGAAACAUCUUUAUUAGUUGUUCAAGUUCCGAGCCGAGUUUAGACUGGGAACAAAUCAUCAGAAGCCCUAUGAGUAAGCGUCUUGAUGAGAUUAAUUUGCCUUUGUUUUGGGCAAAACGAACUCAAUCGAGUGCAUAAAAUGUGGGUUGAUGGUAUAGACUGGUAAGAAAUCCAGUGCCGGGCUUUUCGACUUAAAAAUCUAGAAAUGGCAAGGAGUUGUUUUCUUCCUUUUCAAAUCUGAACUGCGAGACUGGGUGAAAGCCAUCGAGGCAUUUUAGAAAAGUAUCAAACUCAACCUCUAAGAAAAUUGUAUAUGUGUCACCAUCUUUUGUUGGUACAUUUAAUUAUUAAAGCUGAAUUCAAUUCAACGUGUCGCAGUCAUCAGCUCAAUGAAUACUUCCUCUGGGAAUUGUAGGGUAUCAACAGGGAUUAAUUUAAGUGUUUUUUGGACAAGCACAGCUAAGCUAAAUGUGACGACAAGUCCUUAAUUUUGUUUAUAACCCUACAUAAUAUACAAAGAAUCUUGCAUAACCAUCUAUCAAACUGCCUAACCGAAAUUUUUUAAAGUUUUAGUCAUGAAAAUAAAGGCCACUGAUCAUUUUAAGUCAUAGGUACAUUCUGUCAAAUG